CCCUGACUCUGUCCAAAACCGCAACCCUCCCUUCUUCUUCUUCAACCUCGUGAGACUCUGCAACACACUCUCUGACGCGCCUCCAUGACCAACCCAACUCAAGCUUUAACCCAACCCCAACUGCUCCAAACCAUAACCAGCCUCUUAACCGCCGCCAAAACCCCACAACUCCAACCCCUUAAACCCUACAUUCCCUACCUCACGCAGCCCCUCCUCCUCUCCAUCCUCCGCUCCAAUGCCCUAGCAAACAAGCCCAGCGCCCUCCUAUCCUUCUUUCAAUGGGCCCAGGCCCACAAUCCGUCCUUAACCCAAACGCCUCACCCCCUCCUCGCCCUCCUCCACCCUCUCCUCUGCCACCACAAGUACCCCGACGCCAAAACCCUGCUCGUCCAAUUCAUCACCGCCGAUCGCCAAAACGAGCUCCUCUGGGUUCUUCUGCACCCGGACGACACCGUAGCAAAGCCCUCAAAAGCCCUUCUGGAUACUUCCAUAGGGGCUUAUCUCCAUUGUGGAAAGCCCCUCCUUGCAGCCCAGCUGUUCAAGAGAAUGAAGCAGCGUCGUUUACGACCCAACUUGCUCACCUGCAAUACUCUGCUUUAUGCUCUGGUAAGGCACGCUUCGUGUGAUUCGAUUUCAUUGGCUAAAAGUGUGUUUAAGGAUGCCAUCAAGUUAGGGGUUAGUGUGAAUACAAAUACGUUUAAUAUUUUGAUAUAUGGCUACUGUUUGGAGCAUAAGUUUAAGGAUGCUGUAGAGUUGUUGAGUAGAAUGAGCGAGUUUGGAUGUUGGCCUGAUAAUGUGAGCUAUAAUACCAUAUUGGACUGGUUGUGUAAAAAGGGGCAGUUGGUUGAGGCGAGGGACUUGUUGUUGGACAUGAAGAAUCGAGGGUUGUUUCCGAAUGGGAACACGUAUAACAUUUUGGUUUGUGGGUAUUGUAAAAUGGGUUGGUUGAAGGAGGCAAUGCAGAUAAUUGAACUGAUGACACAGAACAAUUCGUUGCCGAAUAUAUGGACCUACAAUAUGUUGAUUAAAGCGUUGUGUAAGGAGGGUAGGAUUGAGGAGGCUGUUAGGCUUCAGGAUGAGAUGGGACAUUUGAAGUUGAUGCCGGAUGUUGUCACGUAUAACACAUUGAUUGAUGGAUAUUUUGAGUGGAGGAGCAGUUCAGAGGCACUUACGCUGAUUGAGGAGAUGCAUGAAAAGGGACUGAAACCAAAUGUGGUUACUCACAAUAUAAUGAUGAAGUGGUUUUGUAAGGAAGGGAAGAUGGAGGAAGCAAGUGAUACUAGAAGGAAGAUGGAGGAAGAUGGGUUUGCUCCUAAUUGUGUCACCUAUAAUACUUUGAUUAAUGGGUAUUGCAAGGCAGGGAAAAUGGAAGAAGCAUUUAAAAUGAUGGAUGAGAUGGGUAGGAAAGGUUUGAAGACGAACAUUGUUACCCUCAAUACUGUUCUUCACACUCUUUGUAAUGAGAAGAAGCUUGACGAGGCAUUUGAGUUGCUUCAUACCACAAUGAAGCGGGGUUAUAUUCUUGAUGAGAUUAGCUAUGGAACUCUGAUCAUGGGAUGCUUUAAGAACGAAAAGGCGGACAAGGCUUUGAAGCUUUGGGAUGAGAUGAAGGAGAAGCAGGUCAUUCCCAGCAUUGUCACCUAUAACUCUAUAAUUGGAGGGCUAUGCCAGUCUGGGAAAACUGAUCAAGCAUUAGAGAAGUUGAAUGAGCUUAUAGAGAGGGGUCUAGUCCCUGAUGAGUUUACAUACAACUCAAUACUUCAUGGCUACUGCUGCGAGGGGAAUGUUGAGAAAGCAUUUCAGUUCCACAACAAAACUGUUGAGAAAUCAUUCAAGCCAGAUGUAUUUACAUGUAAUAUUCUUCUUUCUGGGCUAUGUAGAGAGGGUAUGUUAGAAAAAGCCCUUAAGCUUUUUAACACAUGGAUUUCGAAAGGGAAAGACAUUGAUGCAGUUACUUACAACACAUUGAUAUCAAGCCUUUGCAAAGAAGGGAGGUUUGAAGAGGCUUUUGAUCUUCUUUCAGAUAUGGAAGCAAAGAAAUUAGCACCUGACCACUAUACAUAUGGUGCCAUUCUGGGUGCACUUACUGAUAUUGGUAGGAUUGAGGAAGCGGAAGAGUUUCUUUUGAAAUUGAUUGAAUCCAGAAAAUUACUUGAUCAGUCCUCAAAUUUGGUGCAAAAGGGAGUGACCAGUGAAUCUAAAGUUGAAUUUGAUUCAAGCACAGUAGCUUAUUCAGAACAGAUCAAUGAGUUGUGCUUUCAAGGUGCCUUUACUAAAAGAAUAUAGUUCAAGUGAAAUGAACGAGAUGGUUCUUUAUCCAUGCCAUUAAAUUUGAGGUUGGGUGGGAUUCAAGCAAGAAUGGAAACUGAUGACAAAUGGCAGGCGAAAGUGGGGCUUGUUUUCCAGAAAGGCUUCUCGUAUGGCUUUGAUGUGAGGAGAAAUUGAUUCAUGAGGUUAGCAAUAAUCUGCACAAUGUAAGAAUCAAAUUGAGUUUUCUUUCAGAUAAGUUCCAUAUUUGAAAAUGCUAGAGGGAUGACUCAGAUGAGUAAAGGUGGUGAGGUAUCAGCCUACAGUUUAGUACAAAAGAAAGUUUUCCCUGAGAACAGAUCGUAAUGAAUAAGAAGUGCUGUAUGUCUUAUUGUAUACUUCUUAGCCUUUCGGAUGAGAUUUAGUUUUAUGCAUUGUUCUUGACAAUUGGGAUAGUCUUAAGGUUGGUUGAACAAGGGACAUGUAGUCCUGGGUUUAAAGCAUGUGUCAAGUAGACUCCCAGCGUCAUAGAGUGAUUCUCCUAACUGCCGGACUUCCAACCCCAUUCCCCUUCAGAAAGAAGGACAAACCAUUUAGAGGCAGAAAGAUACAUUAUUCAUCUUAUAUGCAUGUCAGAAAUGGCUUAGACAGUACUGGUUUCAUUGGUUCAGAUGCUUUGCAUUAGUGCUGAGCUCCAGAAAAGUGUGACCUCCUCGUUUUCACGACGCUCCCUGCAUUUCCUGGUUUGAUUGUACUUUUAUUGUAAAGUUACAUGUCUAUUAUCAAAGGAAGAGAGCUUACCGAUUAAGCAGAAAUGGUUGUAUGUUCACUUUCUAUAUAGCAUUUUGUAAAUCGAUAGAAAGUUCAUCUUUUCCUAACCUUGAUGUACAACACACA